AUGCAACCUCUAAUAUCACCGAUUGAUCACGAGUCACGUACCAACUCCUAUCGCGCCGAAGAUGAACCCAGAACUUCCGAGGCGACGCCGCUCCUGCAGCGUUUUCCAAGAAGACCAAUACAAGAAGAACAAAGAUACCAGACCACCGUGCUCGUCACCCUACUCUUUCUAGUUCUCUUCGCGGGAAUUGUAGUGGGCAUAUAUUAG